AGACUAAAAAAAUCUGGAGUUGCAGAUGUCAUCUGUGGCUUUCCUAAGCACAAGAGUAUUGUCAAUUUCAGCCAGAUAGCACAUGUGGCUGAUGGCUGUCAUAUUACUGGAAGGUGGAGGGAGCUAUGACACAAAUUUAAUUAAAAGGUCCUAUUACUGCUGGAUUUGCAAGAUUUUUUAAAUACAAUUUUUCUUUUGAAUUAUGAUUUAAAUAUCAAAAAUCUUUAAAUUUUUUUAAAAAGGGAAGUAUUUUAGUUUUGGAAGUCAGAAUGCCAAGGAAAAGGAAAAAUGUUGGGGGCAGUACUUUGCGGAAGACUGCAAACGCUCAGGAAAUUGUCGUAUCCCAUGUUGCUAGUCAUGAGGACCCAACUACUACUCUUCCUUCCGCGUGCGGGGAAAAAAUUGAUCAGGAAGAACUCUUCACCAGUAUCUCAGAGAUGUUUUCUGCUCUGGAUCCUGAUGUAGUGUAUUUGAUGCUUUCUGAAUGUGAUUUUAAAGUUGAAAAUGCCAUGGAUUGCCUAUUAGAAUUAUCUGCUACUGAUGCCAAGAUGGAAGAAUCAUCUUCACAAAGUUCUGUUGCUUGUGAGAACAAGCCAGGUGUGUCAGGGAGUGCAGUGAUGGAGACGAGUCCUCCUGAAGCGGAGAGUGAAGAUUCAAAACUGGAUUCAUUUUUGGAUAUGCAGCUAACUGAAGACUUGGAUUCCUUAAUACAGAAUGCUUUUGAGAAAUUGAACUCUUCUCCCGAUGACCAAGUAUAUUCAUUUUUGCCUUUGCAAGAUGCUAAUAGUUUUAAUGACCCUUCUACCUUUAUGAAUUCAGAUUCAAGUGGUAUGACUUCUAUUCCUUCCAUACAAAAUACGGGCUCAAACAGUGAAAUUCUCAAGAAUCCUGCUUCUUCUCUAGGUUCAAGCCCACUGAUUUCACGUUCAGUUUUGAAUGAACCUGAAAGUAUUACUAAGGGUGGCACACUGGCAUCGGAAGGCAGCUGCCCCGAAGAGUCUCCUCCCAGCAGCUCUGUAACUCCAACAAGUGACUCCGUUGCGGGUUGUGGCAGUUUCAGCCAAAGGCAGAAAGAUCCUUUAGAAUCCGAGUGUCCUAGUGUACAGCAUUCUCAAGCCCUUGUAGAUUUGGGUACCAGUGAACCUCAGGUUCCUGUAAAUCUUCCUCUGCACAAUUCAGGGCCUAAUUUACCAGGUACAGAUGGGGAUCAGAAAUCUGCUUCUGUACCUGACGUUUUUGUACCCUCUGAAGGGUUCAGUUUCAAGCCACACAAGCAUCCUGAACUGCCACCCAAGGGGAAGGAUAUGAAUUACUGCCCAGUUCUUACCCCUCUCCCUUUACUCCUCCCUCCCCCACCACCUCCACCAAUUUGGAACCCAAUGAUUCCUGCUUUUGACCUCUUUCAAGGAAACCAUGGCUUUGUAGCACCUGUUGUAACCACAGCUGCACACUGGAGACCUGUCAACUACACGUUUCCGCCCUCUAUCAUCUCCCACACUUCUCCAACAAAAGUAUGGAGAAGCAGUGAGGGAACAAGUGCUUAUCAGGUGCAGGAGGCCCCAGCAUCUCAGCCUGCCAGGAAGAAGACCACGUCUUACGUUGGCUUAGUUCUUGUUCUUCUCAGAGGGCUGCCGGGCUCAGGGAAAUCCUUUCUGGCAAGGACUUUGCAAGAGGAUAACCCAAGUGGGGUCAUUCUUAGUACUGAUGAUUAUUUCUAUAUAAAUGGACAAUACCAAUUUGAUGUGAAGUACUUGGGAGAAGCCCACGAGUGGAACCAGAAUCGAGCAAAAGAAGCAUUUGAGAAGAAGGUGUCGCCAAUAAUCAUAGAUAACACAAACCUCCAAGCAUGGGAGAUGAAGCCAUAUGUUGCUUUGUCUCAAAAGCAUAAAUAUAAGGUCCUUUUCCGGGAACCAGACACAUGGUGGAAAUUCAAACCAAAGGAGCUUGCAAGGCGUAAUAUCCAUGGAGUAAGCAAAGAGAAAAUAGCAAGAAUGCUGGAGCACUACCAGCGCUUUGUGUCUGUGCCGAUAAUCAUGAGUUCUUCAGACCCAGAGAGAGCCGAGCGGGCUGAGCUGUGUGCAUACGCCUGUGAGGACGGAGGUUUGAGCCCAAGAAAAAAUGAAACUGUUACCUCUGAAAAAGAAGAAAAUGUCUUAUCCGCAUCUUCGAAGUUAACAGAAGAGAAGACACCUGAAGUGGCCAAAGAAGCAGCGUUACCUGAAAGUGUUCCCGUCCUCCCUCUUGCCAGCUUAAACAGAGGAAGAAAGGAGGCAAGUGAUGCCAGUCACAGCGUGCAUGACCCUUUCUUUCGGGACGCUCCCAACACCUAUUUUCCUAACUCUGAAAGCAAAAUGCAAGCCACAGAUCAGAGUGAGAAAGAACAAGAGAUGACAGCAUCUGAGGACGGGCCUUCAGAAGCAGACGUGUGGAGCCCCGCACCAGGUAGUCGCUGCCCUGAGGAUAAUCAAGAGGCUUGUGAGCUUGCAAGUGCAGUCACACUGGAACGGGAAAACCCCUCGCCCCCUGACAUACUGGAAGAAAGAACAGCAGGAAAGAAAAAGACUGUUGGAAAACAAAAAAGCAAAUCAUCUUUGGAAAAAUUCCCAAAACAGGAGCCAUCAAAUUUUGUUGGUGACUGGCCAGUUGAUAAGACAAUUAGCCAGAGAACCAAAAGGAACCGGAAAACUGAAAAAGGUUUAUCUGUACAAAGUGACAAAAAAUAUAAUCGCCCUCAGUCCCACAAAGUAUUAGAUACGAGGGUACCUGUGAAUACAGAUCAUAUCCAGCACCGAGGAUCUCCACAUGGAAAUGAUGCUCUUUCAGAAGUGCCCAGUAGCUAUCACUAUGAUACUUACAGAAGUACUGAGCAAACCUCCUUCAGUGCUGUGGGCGACUGGCCCUCAUCUGCUUCUUUAGCUCAGAGAGAGCACAGAUCAAGAUUACCAAAAGCUGGCUUCAGUGAACCCAACUUAGAAUUUGGAACUAAUGACAGCAUGGGUAAAAUACCUUUAUACCCAGCACAUGAGGCCUAUUGGGGCACAAGCCCCGAAGAACUGAAAACGCUGGGUUCCACAAUUCGAGGUUCUGAAAUGCUACCUAGUAAAACAACUCUUGAGGAUCAGACUUCCCUGGGUAAAACGAUUCAUAGUCAGCACACCCUGCCUCUUCCCUUUUCCAGUAGUGCAGCAACUCUUCCUGGAGUAGUGGGACCCUGUUCUCUAGCAGAAUUUCCAGGGGGGAUAUCUGGAGUUGUUCCUGGAAUAGAUACAGGCACUUGUACCCAGACUGAGCCCCAAGAUUUUGCUCUCUUGUGGAAAGUAGAAAAGAAUAAAGUCAGUGUUUCAGAUUCUGUUAGAGUGUUGACAGGAAAAUUGGAUGGGUUUAGGCCAAAAGAUUUCACUCUUAAUACAAAAUUAAAUGUUCAGGAAACAAUCCCUUAUAGAGUAAUGCAUGAUAAAAGUACGUAUGUUGAAGAAAGUGAGCUUACCAGUGCUGAUGAAUCUGAAAAUCUUAACAUCCUUUGUAAACUGUUUGGAUCCUUUUCUUUAGAAGCCCUGAAAGAUUUAUAUGAAAGAUGUAAUAAAGAUAUUAUUUGGGCUACAAGCCUUUUGUUAGAUUCUGAGACUAAAUUGUGUGAGGAUGCUGAGGUUGAGAGUUCCCCCAAAUCAUAUGAUGAGUCACAAGUUGGGCCAUUUUCUAUGGGGUUGGAUUUGAAGGAAAUUAUUAGCCACAAAGGAACCUCAGAAGAUUCUAAUUCUUCUGUGUCAGAAUUUAGUUCUGGGCUUGGUAUCAGCAACAAUAGUGCACAGUCUGCUAGUGAUGCAGAAAAAGGGAACUCAAAGCAGGAAGAGCUAAGAACUGCAAAUCCUGAAAACCCUGAAUUAAUAACCAGACUAUUCCCUCGUGCUGCUGUAAAUGUAAGGAGUAACCAUGAAGUAGUUCCUGACGGUCGGGCUGAAUUGCCAGGUGCAUACAGCUCUACACUGUCUCUUCCACUUACUCCAAAGUCUAAUAUCCCUGAAGAUGCAAAUGGAGUGGGGGAAAAUCUGUUAGCCACAGAGACUGGAGAGAAUAGUCAGUCUUUGUUAAACUUAGCUGACAUUAUAAACUCUGCCACAAGCACUGCAAAUCCUGAACUAAAUGAAGAUGUUUAUCUUGCUGGCUCUCUGCAAGUACAAAAAAAUGAAAAUCUUCCUAAGGAUUAUGUGAAAUUUGCAAACAUGGAGGACUUUAUCAAUGAAGAUAGACAGGAAAUGGAGAAAAUUCUAAUGCCAGGUGCUAGUUUGUCAGCAGGAGUAAGUGAAGAGGAUAAAAUUGAGGUAUUGAAUCCCACACCAGCAAUGGCCAAAUCUCUCACCAUAGACUGUUUGGAGUUGGCAUUGCCCCCUGAGCUGGCUUUUCAACUUAAUGAAUUAUUUGGCCCAGUUGGUAUUGAUUCAGGGUCUCUAACAGUUGAGGAUUGUGUGGUUCACAUAGAUCUGAACCUGGCUAAAGUGAUUCAUGAGAAAUGGAGAGAAUCUGUAAUGGAGCGGCAGAGACAGGAGGAGGUUUCUUGUGGCAAGUGUAUUCCAGAUCCUUCACUGGCUGGACUUGCUGUUCUUGAUAAUUCUGAACAAAAGUCAUCUCAAAAAACAGGCAAAAAAUUAUUGAAGACUUUAGCAGCACCCGAGACACUGGAUCCUUGGAACACUCAAACAAAAAAAGUUUCACUGCGAGAAAUAAUGUCAGAAGAAAUUGCCUUACAGGAGAAACAUGACCUGAAAAGGGAGACAUUUAUGUUUGAAAAAGACUGUGCCACUAAACUAAAGGAGAAGCAACUCUUUAAAAUAUUUCCAGCCAUUAAUCAAAAUUUCCUGGCGGACAUUUUCAAAGAUCACAACUAUUCGCUGGAACCCACGGUGCAGUUCCUAAACUGUGUUCUUGAAGGAGACCCUGUGAAAACAGUUGUAGCGCAGGAGUGCGUUCAUCAAAAUGAGAGCACCGCUUCUCAUACCGCACUGAAAUCAAAGGAGAAAAAGACAAAGAAACAGAAAGAGACUGACGACACCCCAAGUGACCCGUCUUUCCAGGAUUUUGAGUACCCUGAGUACGAUGACUACAGGGCAGAAGCUUUCCUACACCAGCAGAAGAGGAUGGAGUGCUACAGCAAAGCUAAGGAGGCCUAUCGCAUGGGGAAGAAGAAUGUGGCCACCUUUUAUGCUCAGCAGGGCAGUCUUCAUGAGCAGAAAAUGAAGGAAGCCAACCACCUUGCUGCUGUGGAGAUCUUUGAGAAAGUCAAUGCCUCCCUGCUGCCGCAGAACGUCUUAGACCUCCAUGGGCUGCAUGUGGACGAAGCUAUAGAGCAUUUGACAACAGUUUUACACCAGAAAACAGAAGAAUUUAAGCAGAGUGGUGGUAAGCCCUAUCUUUCUGUGAUUACGGGGAGAGGAAACCACAGCCAGGGAGGAGUUGCUCGAAUCAAACCAGCUGUCAUUAAAUACCUCACAAGCCACAGCUUCAGGUUCUCUGAAAUUAAACCAGGGUGCUUGAAAGUCAUGCUAAAGUAAAAUUUAAAAAGCCCUUGACUUAGAAGUAUGAAGGUUUGUAGAUUGAAAUUUAUUUUACUUGUAGUAAUACAGUCAGUUCUUCUUUCAAAUGUGUUUUAUUAGGAAUGUAAAACAAAAAUGUUUUUCAGAAUUCAAGAAAAGUUUUUACUGGAUCAAAUACCAACCUGUUACUUGUUAAAACAUUAAAAGGAAUUUUUAUUGAUUAUAAAAUGUCUAAAAAAUUAUCACCUGCAUUUAAAAGUCUUAAGUUCUCUAGUUGGUUCUUAGGAAAACAAAACAACAACAACAACAACAAAAAAAAAAAAAAAAACAAAAAAAUCCCCACUGCCUUUGUAUUAACUGUUUCACAUUUAGGAAAGUCCUAAGGAAAUCUCUGAGGACAGUGUACCUGGUUCCUGCCUCGUGAUGGAUAGUGUUAAAAGGAGGAAUAGUAAAGGAAUAGUAAAGGUGAUCAGCAAAAGCAUGAGAUUUUUUUUCUGCUUUCAGAGCCUAACACAAAAUCAGUUGAUUUUGUUGUGUUGUGCCGACAGGCUGACACUCUGUGUCUCUGAUUUUCAUCACUUUCCUCUUUUGCUGAUGUGUGCAUUUUCUGGGAGGAAAGGUUGGGUCUGAGAGUAACUUGGAGUCUCAGUUUCAGUAGGUAGGAAAGCUUUCAGAGACGGAGAAGUGGCUAGGUGUCUCUAGUGUGCCGCUGCCAUGGGACUCCUCAUAGAACUGUCUGAGCGCAAUGACACACGGUAGACACAGCUAAAGGCUGUUUUAUACUUGAGACUUCAUUUCUAAGCAACAGUGAGGCAAUCUUAUUGACGUAAGUGCAAAAACAUUUUUGGUAUAACUGUAAAAGAAACCCUUGUAAAUUAGAAAGAUUUUUUUAUCUUUAUUUUGCAAAGGAGCCAACUUUCUGAAAAGCCUCAUUGAGUUCUUUGCGCUAGUGUCCUGUUCGUAUGUAAAGUGUGAUUUUCUUAAUACAGACUCAGUAUGGUGAAGUGUAAUUUUUCUAGAAUGAGACAGUAGUUAAAAUAAAUUUAACUUUGGAUAUACAGACUAUUCAAUAUAUAUGGUGUCCCAAACAGUUACGUUGCUUUUUAUGACCAUCAUUGCCCUGCACUGACAGUACUGACAGAUAAAAGCUCCCAAAGAGCAGACAUCUUAGUGGGACUAAAACUGAAAAGCACGCUUUUACAUCUUGUGAAUCAUGCUUUAAAAAAAGAGCCUUACCAUUGGGUUUUAUUUUCACAAAAACAAAAAACUUAUUUGUUACCUACAAAUGGUUAGUGAUUAUUGAUACCCAAGUAUUUAUAUUUUUAGACAUGUAAUAAUUUGUUCUAAAAAUUGCAGUAGUGUAGCACACCAUUUUUGGUAAUGCUUAGAAGUGUUAUAUAUGUUAAAGCAGUUCCCUUUUACAAUUUAGUACAAAAACCAUAAGCAGUAGUUAGUGAAGUAAGUGUAUUUCUGUGUUCAAGGUAAUAUAAUUUUAAAAAUGAGGGAUAUCAAACCUGGAAUUGUUGGAGUGUGCGCAGCUGCAUACUCAUUUUCUGUGUUUUAUAUUUUCUCAUGUUAAAAAAAUCACAUUUGAGUUCUUCAGACAUAUGGUUAUAAUUAAUAAGAAAGCAGUGCAAGAAGUGCAAGUGUGUUGUGCCGUGGGUGGAAGCCGCUGUAAAGCAGCUGUUCUCACGCUGUGCCCGUCCUGAUUUUGAACAGUUUAUGAUGGAGUAAAUCUUAUGCAGACCUGAAAAUUGUUAUGCAGACCAGGUUGGCCUAAAAACUUACAGUCUUUCUGCCUUGCCCUUCCUAAAUGUUGAGGCUGCAGGUGUGUUUUGCCAUUCUUGGCUUCGUAUUUCUUAAUUACUGUCUAUAAAUACACAAAGUUUGAACAUUAUAUAUAUUUAUAAUCCCAAAAUUUCUCCAACCCUAUCUGCUAUUGUGUAAGCCGUUAUAAUUAUGAAGGAAUAUUCUCUGAACUUUCUUUUGCCAAUCUCUGAAAUUUGCGUUCCCAACAGAGGUAGAGAUACUUUGAGAAUUAUCAAAGAUUUUUCUUUUGCCCACUUCUCAAUUUUCUGUCAGAGGUAAAGAAGGUUUAGAGAUGAUCCAGGUUAGAAGAACUCUUUGUAAACUUAGUAUUUUAAAUCAUUUUAAAAGUAUAGCAUUUCUUACUCCUAAAUUGGAAGAGCUUAGUAGCAGUUAUAUACAUUUAAUAGUCUGUUAUUGGUAUGAACCCAAUGAAAAAAGAUAAUUGAUACCAACAACUAAGCAUUGAGUAAGAUGGGCCAGGGCCCUCACGACCAUUUUCAGUCCAUUUCCUUGUUUCUGUGAGAAAAUUGGAGCAUGUUUUCUGACGUUUAUUAGCUGGUGAUGUAUUGCUGUUAUUUUCAAGUUGAAGGUUUUUUUUUUUUUUUUUCUGUUAGUAUUUCCACACUGCUUAUAUACUGUGACAUUUAAGUAUCAUCCAUAUUAUAUAGUGGAAACUGUGACUGAAAGGAUUUGUGCUAUAACAGAUUUUGAGAAGAAACAGCCUCCAGUUCUUUGGGGUGGUUUCCUGUCCUUUGUUUUGGUCUCUUUCUUUUCAAAUUCGAGUGUUAGAAGGACAUGUGUAAUGACAAGGUUAGUUAUUUCUGAGCUGGCAGUUGGAAACUUUUGAAAAUCAAGAAAUUGCUCUGACAAUGUUUUAACAGCUCUCAAGAAAAUGUAUGAAAUGGACAAAAAUAAUGUGUGCUGCUUUUUCCGAGUGCUUUUUCAUUGUGCAAUGAGGUGAUUUUGAUAAUGCUCUGUGCUGUGCUUAAAUGUUGAUUAUUUUUUAAUUACCUGUAAAGAAAACAGAUUGAAAUGUCUCUGUGGCCAAAACCGAGUGCCAUUUAAAAGGAAAAGUAAGUUGGUAUAGAUUGUAUGUUAAUGGUGCUUAUUUUUAAAGUGUAAUUUAAGUUUACAGUAUUACUUGAUGUCUCUUUACAGAAGUGAGUAGAGAAUCAAGGCUAGAACACACCUAGCGGUGUCCUAAAGCCUGCAGAACCUCAGUUAGAGGAUGACAGAGUUCAUUCAUUGUGUCCUCACAUUUGAGUGGUUGACUUCAUGGUCAGGUGAUGAACCUGCUCUUGUCAACCCCAAGACGUCUCAUUAAAGUGCCACAUUGCAGCUAGCAGUUGAAGAAUAGACUAAAUGCUUUUCAGACAGUAUAUCAGAAAUAAUAUGCUUUUAUUUGUACUAUAAAAAUGUGAUUUUUGCUGUCAACUCUGUACUUUUUUAUUGAAGAUGUUUAUAACUUUGCUUUUAAAAUUUCUUAUGAAACCAUUUGCAAAUUACACAGUUAAUAUAAUAAAAUGCUUUGGUCACA